CAAAACUGUACAAUCUAAAGUGGACUGCAUUUUGCAAGAAGUUGAGAAGUUUACAGACCUAGAGAAACUCUACCUCUACCUUCAGCUGCCUUCGGGUCCCAACAAUGGAGACAAAAGCGAUCAGAUCUCCAUGUCAUCCAGCCGUGCCCAGCAGAUGCACGCCUUCUCAUGGAUACGGAACACCUUGGAAGAGCAUCCUGAGACAUCCCUUCCCAAGCAGGAGGUCUAUGAUGAAUACAAGAGCUAUUGUGACAAUCUUGGCUACCACCCAUUAAGUGCUGCUGACUUCGGAAAGAUCAUGAAAAAUGUCUUUCCAAAUAUGAAGGCGCGUCGUCUAGGCACACGAGGCAAAUCAAAAUACUGCUACAGUGGACUGAGGAAGAAGGCUUUUGUGCAUAUGCCAACACUGCCCAACCUUGACUUUCAUAAAACUGGAGAUGGGUUGGAUGGGGCAGAGCCAUCUGGGCAGCUGCAAAGUGCCGAUGAGGAAGUCAUCUCUGCGGCCUGCCGGCUUGUUUGCGAAUGGGCCCAGAAAGUGCUGAGCCAGCCUUUUGACACAGUCUUGGAAUUGGCUCGUUUCCUUGUAAAAAGUCACUACAUUGGUACCAAGUCAAUGGCAGCUUUAACAGUAAUGGCAGGGGCACCAGCAGGAAUAAAAGGGAUCCCCCAGCCCUCAGCUUUUAUACCUACUGCUGAAAGUAAUUCCUUUCAACCACAAGUGAAAACUCUGCCAUCUCCUGUUGAUGCCAAGCAGCAGCUGCAGCGUAAGAUCCAGAAGAAGCAGCAAGAACAGAAACUCCAGUCUCCUUUGCCAGGAGAGUCUGCAGCAAAGAAAACAGAAGGCACCACAAGCAACGGUGUGCCCAGCAUAUCCAAUGGCAGCCCUGCAAUCCUGUCUCCUCCGCCUAUUGGCAUUGUUGUGGCAGCUGUGCCCAGCCCCAUACCGGUGCCAAGGACCAGGCAGUUGGUGACAUCCCCAAGUCCUGUGGGAUCAUCUGAUAACAAAGUCCUGCCACUUAACGUUCAGGUGGUCACUCAGCACAUGCAAUCAGUCAAGCAGUCACCAAAGACUCCCCAGAACGUUCCUGCGAGCCCAGUUGGUGACCGCUCUGCUCGGCAUCGCUACCCACAGAUCUUACCGAAGCCAGCAAGCACCAGUGCUCUCACCAUCCGCUCUCCCACAACGGUGCUCUUCACUAGCAGCCCAAUCAAGACUGUUGUGCCAGCUCCACAUGUGAAUUCCCUCAAUGUGGUAAAAAUGACAGCAAUAUCUCUUGCCCCAAGCAGCAGUAGUGUGCCUGUCAAACAGACACCUUCAGUUAGCAGUAGUGCAGUAGCAGUGGAAGAAGGGAGGACUGGUCCACAGAUCAAAAAUGGAUCUGUUGUUUCACUUCAGUCUCCAGGAUCCAAACCUAGCUCUGCUGGAGCUGCACCUGCAGUCAAGGUCAAAACGGAACCAGAAGCACUGCUGGAUGAGAACUCGGUACAGGGACAAGAGGGCUCUGAUGUAUCUAAAUCUAUAAAGGCAACCCCUGAUGUGCCUCCUCCCCAGUUAAUUAAUUUUGAGGUUGCAACCUUGAAAGUUUCAGCUGAUGAUGUUGUGGAGGCAAAACCAGUAAAGGGCUGUGAUCAGGGAGCUGAAGAAGCAGGGACCAAAUAUAAAACACAAUCUAAUGAGAUCACACCGGUUUCUUCAGCAGGCAAUAAUCAAAGUACUCUAAAGCUCUCACUUGCCAGUCAAGACUUGUCCAGCACCAGCAUCAGUUCACCUACUGGUGAGUCUACAGUUAAAGACAAAGCAUGCACUAAAAGUCCAAGAAAGCGACAGCCUUCUACACUUCAGGAUUCCCAGGUACCACCUGUAAAGAAAACACUGGUGGAGCAGCUUUCAACUGGUAAUGAUGUGGAGGGUCAAAAAGCAAACAGUGUUAAGAAGUCUCCGAAGGCUGGAUUGUUAGCUAACAGUGAUAAUGCAGCAACACUUGCUCAAGUUCCCAGCAAGGUACCUGUGAAUGUACCUGUACCUUCUGCAGAUGCAGUAAACUUAGCAACAGACCUUUCUUUGAGCACCGAUUUAAAUACCAGUGAUUCUACUUUAGGACAGCAGCUUGUGUCAGCAUCAUCUCCAGAUAUAAAGGUAAAAUUGGAAGGAAACAUGUUUAUCAUAGAAAAUGAUUCAAAAUCUGAUGGCAGCUUUAACCCAAAUACAUGGCACCAUAUCACCAAAGCCUCUGACUUUGCAUCUGUGAAUUGUGAGCAGCAGCAAGAUAUCAGUGUUAUGGCUCUUGCAGGGCAGUCUGACUCCAGUGGCUUGCAGGAAUCAGCAUGGGAGGCGGUGCACUGCGAGGGUAUGCAGCAGGAUGCCUACACCCAGCAGCUACAGGGCCAGAUACAGGACUCCUCCCUGGGUCAGAUACAAGCACAGUCUUCAAAUCAGUUACCUCUGCAGUCAGAGCUGAAAGAGUUUGAACAUACAGUCCCUCAGUCAAAUGAAAACUUCUUUUCAUUUGAUGAUGACCUUACCCAGGACAGCAUUGUGGAAGAGCUGGUGCUCAUGGAGGAGCAAAUGUCCAUGAAUAAUUCUCAUCCUUAUGGUGGUUGCCUAGGAAUAGCACUUCAGAGUCAGACCACAGCUCAAGGAGCUCCUGCAUCAUCUCAUCCAAGCAGCACACACUUUUACCAUUCAAUCCAUAACAACAGCACUCCGAUUCACACCCCCACUCCGACCCCCACUCCGACUCCCACCCCAACACCCACCCCAACACCCACCUCUGAAAUGAUUGCUGGAUCUCAAAACAUGUCCCGAGAAAGCCCUUGUUCAAGGCUGGCUCAGACGACUCCCGUGGACAGUGCUCUAGGAAGCAGCCGGCACACACCCAUUGGCACACCACAUUCAAACUGCAGCAGCAGUGUUCCUCCAAGUCCUGUGGAAUGCCGAAACCCGUUUGCAUUUACUCCCAUCAGCUCCAGUAUGGCUUACCACGAUGCCAGCAUUAUAUCAAGUAGCCCUGUGAAGCCAAUGCAGCGGCCUAUGGCUACCCAUCCUGACAAAACCAAGCUGGAGUGGAUGAAUAAUGGCUACAGUGGUGUUAGUAAUUCGUCAGUUGCAAACCAUAGCAUCCUGACAAGCUAUCAGGAGCUGGUGGAGGACCGCUUCAGGAAACCUCAUGCUUUUGCUGUUCCUGGCCAGUCGUAUCAGUCUCAGCCACGCCACCAUGAUACUCACUUCGGUCGUGUGACUCCUGUUUCACCUGUGCAGCACCAGGCAGCCCCUGUCAGUAGCACCACCAAGCAAGAGGGCUUUGCUGUUCCUGCACCUUUGGACAACAAAGGAACUGGUUCCUCUCUCAACAACAGUCUGAGAUGCCGGAGCGUGAGCCCUGCUGUCCAUCGCCAGCGUAAUCUCAGUGGAAGCACUGUUUACCCGAUUUCAAAUAUCCCACGCUCUAAUCUGACUCCUUUUGGAAGUCCAGUGACUCCUGAGGUUCACAAUGUAUUUGCUAAUAUCCAUGCAGACACCAGUGCCAAUAAUAUUGCGCAAAGAAGCCAGUCAGUCCCGUUGACUGUGAUGAUGCAGACAGCCUUCCCAUCUCUUCAGAAACAAACAAACACUAAGAAAAUAACCAAUGUGUUGUUAAACAAACUUGAUUCUGAUAGCGAUGAUGCAGUGAGAGGUUUGGGAAUGAACAACAUGCCCUCAAACUAUACAGCCAGGAUGAAUCUCACGCAGAUUUUAGAGACAUCCGCUGCUUUUCCUAGUGCCAACCCGCAAAAUAUGAUCAAUUCCAGCACUUCAGUGUAUGAAUUCCAAACACCAAAUUACCUCACAAAAAACAGCAGCACCGAUCAGAUCAGUUUUUCUUCUGGAGAUAACCAAGCACAAUCAGACAUUGGAGAGCAGCAAUUAGAUUUUAGCAGCACUGUAAAAGACCUUUUAGGGGAGGACAGUCUGCCAACAAACCAGCAGCUGGUGAAUCAGGUGGCAGAUCUCAAUAACGUUGCAUCUGUCUUUUCCAACGACAUCAGGUUGUCUUCCGAGCUCUCAGGCAGCAUUAACGAUCUGAACGCUUUAGACACAAAUCUACUGUUUGAUCCAGGUCGUCAGCAGGGACAAGAUGAUGAUGCUACACUGGAGGAAUUAAAAAAUGACCCCUUGUUUCAACAGAUCUGCAAUGAAUCCAUUAACUCAAUGACUGCAUCAGGUUUUGAGUGGAUGGAGAGUAAGGAUCAUCCUGCUGUUGAAAUGUUGGGUUAAUCUUGUUUUAUAAUAUGUAUGUAGCACACUGUAUC